GACCAUCGACCAUGAGACAACAUUACAUGGUGCUGCCAACGGCCAAGCAUCUCUUCCAACAGACUCGCUGCCUCUGGAUCAAACAUCAUCACAAACAACCUUCUCAAAGACUGUCACUCGCUGCUGCUGUGACGAUGGCUCAUGGUUCCGAGAUUGGGAGCACAAGUGGGACAAAGAAGAGCAAGACGGUGAGGAGCGUUUCCAUCCGUGAAGCCACUCUGACGGACAUUCCUGUUCUGAACCAACUGGCUCUGGUUUCGAAAGCGCAUUGGGGCUAUGAUACUACGUUUAUGGAUCAAUGCAAAGAGGAGCUGGCUGUGGAACCAGAUAGUAUCUUCGACCACAACGUCUUUGUUGCCAACCCAACUUCAUGUACGAGUGGCACUUUGUCUAUGCAUACCGUUGGACAACAAGAGGAACAGAUUGCUGGAUUUUUCACCAUUGAGCGACAACAGCAGCAGGAUGAAUCACAGUCAUCUCCUAAUAAUACUGCUUGCUGGGAACUGGAUGCCUUGUUUGUGGACCCCUCUUUCAUGGGUCGUGGGAUUGGCAAGGCUCUACUGACAAAGGCACUUGCCCUCGUAAUGUCCAGAGGUGGGCAACAAUUGAUGGUUCAAAGUGAUCCGCACGCCGAGCUCUUUUAUCAGAGAAUGGGAGGCAAAAGAGUUGGGAAAGUGGCUUCCAGCAGCAUUUCUGGACGCAUGCUGCCAUUGCUCGUCUUUGAUGUGGCCCAGGACGUUCCAAUGGGAGACAGCUAAUAACUAGCUGCAUUCCAUUCUUCUGGAAACUGAUAUUAUGAUGCUAAGAACGAGUUUAUUGCUUAUACGGAUGGGCUGCUGUACAAACUACCUUUGGAUACAGUGGCAUACAGCAACAACAAUAAGCGCAUAUACCGUUCUCCCUUUUGGCAGUCGAAAGAAUCUACAUGCCAAUACCCGUGUACCUCGUCAUCCUGAAGGGUUCCCACAGCUCAGCCACCCUGAUGGUAGAGCUGAUUAUGGAAGAUCAAAGCAAAGUCGGAGCCCCAAACGACAGAGUGGAAUCAUCAAUCCUUGAAGCGGUAAAUUGGAGGACGUUCUGUGAUAACUCGACUUGACUCGAGGGACAGACACGUACUUGGAUGGACACGAAGACUCAAUGAAUGGAAUCGAAGCCGACGACAAGAAUUUCCUGGCUCGAAUGGAUUACGAAUGAUUCGAUUCAAUCAAAUUAUUGUGACUUCAAUGUUUUGUCUAGGAAAACCCUCAACUCACUAGCGGCUUCGGUAUAAAAUCAUGGGAGAACGUCCUACCCGUACCGUUGUAAGAGCUGCUGGUAAACGUCUCCUUCGACUACAUGUAGCUACUUGCAGCUAUUGAUCUUCCACCGAACCUGCAGUCCAGUACUCUAGCUAGCUAGACCCCACUCUGGCAACCAAUCGUCUCCAUAGUUCCCUCUCUAACCCAUACCGGUAGUAACGCCAUUUUUACUGUGGGAGCCAUAAAUCUCGCAUCUUU